AAAAGAUUUCUGAGCGGGAACUCAGGCGUGGCCACUUUUCUGAGGUGCUGGAGGAACCCUAGUCAGUGUGUGAGCGACAAAGUGUGGCUGCCAGAGCCUGGGCGCUUCGAGGCUGAGGUUACCAUCAAAAGCAAUGAGCUUAAAACCGUUCACCUACCCAUUUCCAGAGACAAGAUUCCUUCAUGCAGGACCCAAUGUGUAUAAGUUCAAAAUCAGAUAUGGCAACAGUAUCAGAGGAGAAGAAAUAGAGGAUAAAGGAGUCAUCAUCCAGGAGCUGGAGGAUUCUAUCCGUGCAGUCUUGGCAAAUAUGGACAACCUGAAGCCCUUUGUUACAGAACACUUCAUUGUAUUUCCCUAUAAAAGCAAGUGGGAGAGAGUUUCCCACCUGAAGUUUAAACAUGGAGAAAUCAUCCUGACUCCCUACCCAUUUGUUUUUACUCUGUAUAUAGAGAUGAAAUGGUUUGCUGAAAAUCUGCCUUCGGGGAAACCAGCAGAUGGUAUUCCUCUUGAGUUGGUCCUAGCGGAGAAGGAAGCGGAAGAAGCCACAAUGAGGAAACGAAAACUCAUGGAAGAGCCAGCUUCCCCUUGCAGGCCAGAGCCACACAGGGCCAAAAUGAAGACAUCUAGUGAAGCUUCCAGCAGUAAGAAGCCUCUGAAGGAGAGCAAGAGGAUUAGGGAUGAAGAAGCCCAGCAGGAAUACCAGGAGACCCCAGCUUCUACUGUUAAGGAACAGGAUGCUACAUUGGGGCAUAGCCUGCCAGGGCUGGUUGUCACUCCACUGCAACAUAGCAAUCCAUCACCACUGAAAGAGCCAGCAGCCAGAGGCUUCUUGGGGUUUCUAAGUGCUCUCUUCCCAUUUGGAUACUUCUUCAGGAAGAGCAGUCAAUGAGCCUUCCAGGCACCACAGUGUGGGUCGGCACAGGAAAGAAGAUGUCCCCUCGCAGUGACUCUUCCUGAACUACACUACACCUCCUUUGCUUUCAUUUUCUCUUUUUUUCUUCUGUUUAUUUUGAGACAAGCGUUACUGCAUACAGCCCAGGCUGGCUUCAAGUCUGUACCUUGGCUCCCUCUGUGCACCCCCGCGUGCCAUCCUUUACUCUUAACCCUGGUCAUGGGCAUGAGGGCACCAGACUGGAUCCUCACAGGAGUUUAUCCUGUUGUUUGCUUUUGGUUUUUCCUGUCUAAAACACUAAGAAUGUGGCUGGAGAGAUGGUGAUUAGGUGCAUAUAGCUAUUGCAGAGGUCCUGAGUUUGGUUCUCAGGACCCAUAUCAAGCAACCUGGAGCUCCAGCUCUGUCAGAAUGGUCUGACCUUUCUUCUGGCCUCUGCAGAAACUUCCGCCCCUCGGCCCAACCCCCAUAUUUGGAAAAGCAAAACAAAACAAUGCUAAGAAGGGCCAACAAAGUGUCUUGAUGGGUAAAGCACCUGCAGCCAAACCUGAUAACCUGAGUUCAACCUCUAUACAUGCACCAUGGCUUACAUAUCACACAUAAUAAAAUGUAAUUUUAUUAAAAAUUUCAAAAUAAAUAAAUAAAUAAA